AUGAAAAUCAAGAAGCACUCAUUCAAAUGGCCUGACUUGCGCAGGUGUUUCCGGUGUUUGUGGCUGUUUGUGGCACUCUGGACUGUGGAGCAGCAGAAUGUGUACUCAUCAAGGGCAUCAGGUAAAAGGGCCGCCGAGGAGGAUUCAGAAUUGGAAACCACCAGAGGAGUACCGGACGACACGAUGGCUAGGUUGCAUGCGGAACUGGCUGCCCAGCAGGAAGUAACGGAUCCCCAGCUGGCGAGUUUACACCUUACAGAGAAUCGAUGCCACGUAAUUGCAUUCACUGUGCUUUUCUUAAUCUUAAUAAGGGCAGUUGUACUUCUCAGGGAGAGAGAGCGCAAAAAGAAGGCGGAAGAAGAAGUUAAACCUCCCCGAGAGGAACUCCAACCGGAAGGGGAAGAAGGAAAAGAAGAAGCAGGAGAAGAAGAGGAAGAAAUGCCCGUUCUAGAAGACGAAACUUCACCGGGAGCGGCAGUUUUGUCACCAGAGGAACCGGCGGGAGAAACAGCUCUGCCCCAAACGCCUAUGCCACAAAUUCCCGUGCCGAUGCCGCGGCGUAAACCAAAGGCGGACGUUCCGGAGGAGAAACAACCAGAGGAGCGUGGUGGCGAUGGAGUACCAGAUGAAGGAUUCGUGCCGAGACCGACAACUCGUACGAGGAAGACCGGAAAGGAGUUUGUCCGGAAGGCGGGGCUUCCUCCCGCGGCCCCUCCCCAGGUGCAACCAGGUAUUGAAGAGGAAGAGGAAGCGGCAGCAGAAGAACACGCCCAACAAGCGACUCAGCCACCUCCUGUAGAGCCUACUACACCACAACCUACCUUGCCACAGCUUCCAGAGCAGCCAGAUCCAGGUCCAGCGCCAGGUGUGCCCGAAGUUGAGUACAUGGAGCCUUCUGUCCCUCCAGCCGUUGUCACUUUGCCGCCCCACGAAUACCAAGGACGCACACCUGUUGCGUAUAUCCACGAAGAUAAGGAGCUGCAAGAAUUAAGGGCUCGGCGGAACGUCAUCAGCAAUCUGGUGAAUGUUGCGACCAUGCUGGUAAAUGAAUUGCCGGGAAUUGAGGCACGGUCAAUUCUCGAUGUAUUAAAUGAAAACGUGGACACAGCUGAAGAGGCGGAAAGGCAGUACAAUGUUGCAAAGGGCUGCAUGGAUCCAAACCUUCCACUCAUUCGGAGUGAGACCGUCAGCAAAAUGGAAGCAUCCAUUGGAGGAGCCCGCGAUGCUCUAGUGGAGUUGGGUGGCAAGUGCUUCUAUCUGCAAGUGCAUGCGUACUGUUCUGAGAAGAUUAUUUUCUCAGACGCCGAGCGUUUGCAGAUAGCUCUGGCGGAUAUGAUGGCUUCAGCAGGCUUCGAAAUGUCCCUUUUGACGUUGGCUCGGGUGGGAAACGCCUCCAUAACUCUGAAACAUGAGAAUGAGGACCAGCUUAGAAUCCUGCAGUCAUUAGAGUUCGUAGACGAGUGCGGAGCAGAUGAUUUUGUCAAAGUCUACGCAGCCGUUGCUGCCAUGAAUUACAGGACGAAAACCUUGGAACGCUUGUCUGCUUUGGACAGCGCGCUGAUGGCCUAUAUACUACAAGCUCAUAAGGAUUGGCUGAUGGGAAAGCUGCAGUUGAUUCGCAUACCGCUUGAGAUGGAUGCAAAUUUGAUACAGGAAGUCCAUGUGUUAUUGUCAAAAGUUCGCCUAGCACCUGCGGGGCAGACACCCUCUGGAAUAACAAAUGAAGACAUGGAAGCCGUAAAAGGGUUGUUUCAGCAGCAAUAUCAGGAUGUCCAGGGCAUGGAUGGUGCGAAGGAUGUCGAGGCUGUUAAAGCUGCGUACCAACGGGCGAAUCAAGUUAACCAAAGGCUCAAAUACAUAUUGCAGAUGCAAAAGGAGAAGUUUCAUUCAGCUUUGAAACGCCAGUCGCUCAGCAAGGAAGAGGCCAAUGCUGCCGCUGAGGCCAUUGCGCAAAUUGCUGAGAGUGUCGUCGGCGACACCGAAGAAUUCUGGCGCUCUGCGCAUGAACGUUAUGUACAGAUUGGCGGCAAGCCUGAAGAUGUGCUUAAUUUUGCUGGCGGCAAAGCGCUACUGCAAAAGCUAUCAACUAAGAUAAGGCCCAGUACUGGUGAGCAGUUAGAGGGUGCUGUGACCGCUGAGAAUGUUGCCGCAGAUGCUGUGAAGAGAUUGUUUCUCGAGCAAUGGCGCAAAGUUGAAGCUUUGGCGAGGGAUCAUUGGUUGAGAGCGCAGGAGACGGUAGAAGCGGCGAGGAAGGUGAAAAAGUACAAACUAGACAGCGAAAGAUUUGGAUCAUCUGGACUGGACAAGAGAACGAAACUUAGGACUACGGCGGUUGCGAAGAAAGCAGAGACAGGACUUCCGUUGCUAAGAUUUCAAUGUUUGCAUGAAUUGUCAGAGGAAAUUGAGACGUAUGAAAGAACACUUAGCUAUGCACUCAUGUAUCCAUUCGACCCUUCAUCAGGGGCAUGGAAUGAAAUACGAGAGCUGAAAAGCCGAUUCGACUCUGACAAGGCAAUGCUGAAGGACAGUAAAACGAUUGCAGAGAUACCUGAACUCGUAGAAAGGAUGCUGCAGACAUCCUUGAGAGCGUGGACUCUGACUGAGAAUGAGCGCUUAGCUCGGCUUGCACAGCAAAUCGAAAAGGCACGCAUUGAUCUUCUUAACUCUUAG